AUGCCCUCUAAUUCACCUAGUGACCUUAUACCUUCUAGAACAGUGACACCCUUAUAUAGUGAACUUACAACUUCGAAAACAGAAACACCCCUUUAUAGUGUUUUAACAUCUUUUCAUACCGGAGUACUAACAAGUUACAGUGAAACACUAACAUCUGCUGUUGAUAGCAAAAUACUAACAUCUGAUGUUGAUAGCCAAACACUAACUUCUGAUAUUGAUAGUCAAACACUAACCUAUUCUCUUGAUAGUGAAACUUAUGCAGUUGAAAGUGGAACACUAACUUUUGCUGUUGAUAGUGAAGCAACCUGGCUAUCAACAUUGCUUACACUAACUGAUAACUUAACACCAAGUGAACAAUUAACACUAACUCAAGUUCCUUCACAAUCUCCUAUACAAAUUGAUCUAACUUAUGCCAUAGAGAGCUCUAGUGUUUUAACCUCUAACAAUGUGGAAUCAAUUCAAUUUCAAAGCACAAGCAUUAGUGAUUUAAGUGAUGUGGCGCUUAGUUCUAGCAUAGAUGAAACAGCUUUUAGCUCAAUGAUUGACUCUAGUGAUUCCAUACUUGCAAGUGACUUCAGUCAGCUCUCAAGUAGUACAGCAAUGCUUAAUACAGGAAGCUUAAUUAGCUCUAGUGACAUUACACCUAGCUUUAGUGAUAGUUCAGAGAGAGUGAUUGACACUGCACCUAGUGACUUCAUAACAAGCGAUCAUGUCGGGAGCUCUAAUGGACUAGAUGCUUCUGUAGAAUCGCCAAGCAGCUUGUUGGUCAUUCAGACUGGCUCAUUGGAUUUUAGUCUUCAUUCAUCAUUCAUGGGUACCUCUCUGGUGGCUUUGACAUUUUUAGACUCUUCUUCAGUAUUGGAAAGUGACUCUUCUUCUGUAUUGGCAAGUGACUCUUCUUCAAUAUUGGAAAGUGACUCUUCCUUAGUAUUGGCAAGUGACUCUUCCUUAGUAUUGGCAAGUGACUCUUCUUCAGUAUUGACAAGUGACUCUUCUUCAGUAUUGGCAAGUGACUCUUCUUCAAUAUUGGAAAGUGACUCUUCUUCUGUAUUGGAAAGUGACUCUUCUUCAGUAUUGGAAAGUGACUCUUCCUUAUCGUCAAGUCAACCAUCAGAGAGUACUCCUUCAUCAUUAACGCCAUCUUUAACGCCAUCAGUAACACCAUCAUCAGCAUUACUAACAGAAACAUCAACCAUCUUGAAUUCACCAAGCGUCAGCACCAUUAUUGACUCUAGUUCUGUAUCCACAGUAUCAUCAGUGGUACCAAAUGUUACAGACGGCCUGAAUUCCAGUGAUAGUUAUAUAAACUACUGGAUCAGAACAGGUGAGUGGCAUAAUAAACUACAUUCGGUUCUAACAUUAAAAACAACAAGUAAGGGCCUACACAGUUGUCAAGGAGGGGCCACACAAGCAAAAUGA